AUGUCAUCAAAUCUACCGAGGAAUCUCGAAGACGUAUCGGAUCCUUCAGAUUUUAAAUCUACUUCAAUACCAGCCCUAUCAGAAUUAGAUGUUUUAGAGAGAUGUUACAUAUGCAAAGAAUUCUUUCGUGCUCCAGUUAUUACUUCAUGUCAUCAUACUUUUUGUUCACAAUGUAUUCGGGAGUAUUUAAUUACUAAUAAUUUAUGUCCUUUGUGUAAGACUGAAGUUUUUGAAAGUGGAUUAAAAAGAGACGUUUUGUUGGAAGAAAUAGUAAGGUCUUAUACGCGUCUUCGACCGUUUCUAUUAAUGCAUUUAAAUAAACAUGAUUCAUCAGAAGUGGACAGUAUUCCAAAGAAAAGGGUGUUAGAAGACGAAAUUGAGGUCACUGAAAUCUUGUCAUCAAAUACAUCAGCACUGGAGUCACAAAUUCAAUCUAAAAGACAAAAAAGAGAAGAUUCACCAGAGGUAAUAGAAAUUUCUCGAGAAGAUUUAGUGGAGUGCCCUGUUUGUCUGAGAAGGAUGACGGCAGAAAGAUUGCAAUCGACUCAUAUUGAUGCUUGUUUAAGCGGUAAAUCUGAACCUGCAAGCCCGCGUCAACUGUUAAGACCAAAAGGAGCGAAAUCCUCAAUAUCAUCAUUUUUCAAGCCCGUUAGCAUUUCCCCAUCUUCUUCUUCAUCACCUCCUCCCAUGUCAUCUCGAAAAGCAAUUGAUUUUAAAUCAACACCAGAAAAUUUUGAACAUCAAAAUCAUCAUUUAAAUGAAACUUUAAGAAAACCAGUCGAAUUAAAACGAUUACAAAAAUUGGACUUUGCAUCAUUAGCAACUACAAAAUUAAAAGAGAAAUUGUCAAAUUUACACUUGCCAAGUUCAGGUACAAGAAAUCAAUUAGAAUUAAGAUAUAACCAAUUCUUUGUACUUUAUAAUUCAAAUCUUGAUAGCAAUCACCCAGUUCCAGAAAAAGUGCUAAGACAAAAACUACAUCAAUGGGAAUUAUCACAUCUGGGGUUCAAAAAGAAUAGCAAUGCUCAGUUUGGAAGUAAUAAUGUUCUGAUGGCCAAUAAAUCAAUAACUGAUAAAAACUUUUCGAUUAGUGAAUGGAUGAAAGAAUAUGGACUGGAAUUUAAGGAAUUAAUCAAAAUGGCAAAAAAUUCACUUGAGAAGGAGAAAGAGAAGGGAGAAGCUAAAACCCUUAGUAACAGUGAAAAGCCUGAAGACAGUAUAUCGAAUAAGGAAAUACUUGAUAAUGAUGAUCCUGUAAAUAGUGAUGCCGUUCCUGUAGAUAACGAUAGUAGCAUAGACAUGAGCACGAGUUUUUUAUUUAAUAGUACGUAG